AUGCCAACCUUAUCUUUGAUCAACUUCAACAUCGUUUGUGCGACCUUAGGUGGCUUCAUCUCCAUCUUCGGACUAGUCUCGUAUCUGUUAAAAGAACGAUUUUACCUCUCUGAAGCAUUGAUCUCGUUGCUGGCCGGUGUCGUUUUCUCUCCGCACGCCGCCAAUUUCAUCCGACCGCUUGACUAUGCACUCCGUACAGAGGAAAAUCUCGAAGAGAUUACCAUGUGUUUCACUAGACUUGUCCUUGGGGUCCAGCUUGUUCUUGCUGGUGUCCAGCUACCCAAACGUUAUCUGCAGAUCGAAUGGAAGAGUCUUGCUCUACUUCUAGGGCCUGGAAUGGCCGCGAUGUGGAUGUGUAGUGCUCUAGUGAUCUGGGCUCUCGUUCCCAACUUUUCAUUCCUCUACGCGCUUAUUGUCGGUGCCUGUGUCACACCCACGGAUCCUGUGCUCUCGAACUCGAUCGUCAAAGGAAAGUUUGCAGACGAAAACGUCCCGCGGCCACUGCAGCGGAUUAUUGUUGCAGAAUCCGGUGCCAACGACGGCCUUGGCUAUCCCUUCCUUUUCUUUGCCCUCUACCUCCUCCAGUACACUGGCAUGGGGGGUGAAGGAUUCAGUGGGGGGGCGGGGAAAGCCCUGGGCUUGUGGUUCUAUGAAACUUGGGCCUAUACAAUUUUCUUGAGCGUGGGCUACGGCGUGACUGUAGGUUGGAUUUCGAGGGAAUUGCUUCACUGGGCUGAGGAGAAGCACUAUGUGGACAGGGAGAGUUUCUUGGUUUUUGCCAUUGCACUUGCGCUUUUUAUAGUAGGAACUUGUGGAAUGAUUGGAACCGAUGACUUGCUGGCCUGCUUUGUGGCUGGAAAUGUGUUCACACAAGACGACUGGUUUCGUCUUGAAACAAUGGACGAUUCGCUACAACCAACUAUCGAUAUGCUGCUCAACUUGGCUGUGUUCAUGUGGCUCGGUGCUGUGUGCCCUUGGCCGUCAUUCUCGAACAACGACAUCAUCCCUCUCUAUCGCUUAGUCUUCCUGGGGAUCCUAAUCCUCUUGGUGCGUCGCAUGCCAGUCGUCUUUGCAAUGCACAGGCAUAUCGAUCAGAUCGAGAACAUGUUCCAAACCGCCUUCGUCGGCUUCUUCGGGCCCAUCGGUGUCGGUGCAGUCUUCUACCUUACCGUCUGCCGCGAGUAUCUACGCACAAUCACCGUCGACGGUGAGGUCCGCGCGGACGCUCAGCGCAUCUCUGAUGCAGUCAACGUGAUAGUCUGGUUCCUAGUAAUCUGCAGUGUUGUCGUCCAUGGGCUCUCGAUCCCCUUCGCAAAGGCAGGAUACCAUAUUCCUCGCACAAUCUCCAACGCAAUCAGCAUAACAACUACGACCGCCGUCGAACCCGACCCCGUCCCUAUCGCCAACGUCCACAACACCCACAGCACUGCAACCCGCGACUCAGGCGCUGCUAACCACCGCGGCCGCAAAUCCGAUACCGGGACCACGCGAGCCCCCCCGCAGAAGACCAUCUUCCAGAUCGGGCGCACUGUUAUCCGCACUCAGUCUCCGUCCACUGAGCCGCGACGUCUAGGUGUGGGGAAUGAUGACGAACCGGAACGGCCGGUCAAUUUGGUCCUGAGAGGUGGGCCUAGUGAUAUGGAGUCGGGUAGUAACACUCCACCUUAG